GGGACUCACGGCCGGCUGAGGGGCUCUGCGUGGGCCUCCUGGGCAGCUGGCUUUGCAGGCAAACCCUACAGGUGCUUUUAGCCUCUGUUCCCCACCAGGUGUCCCAGGAGCCUUGGACUGAGUCCACGUGAAGUGGUUCUCGGCUGGCGGGCUCUGUUCCAACGUGACCACAAAAUCCCACACUCUUCUGUUGCUCAUGUUGGCACCUGGGCCCCAUUUUUCAGCUUUCCAGUGAUGUUUCCAGGGCUUCCCUUAUAUUCCGAGUUAGUUCCGCUUUUAUUUUAUCCAGCAUUGCUAGGGUUGUGCCGUGGGAGGGCUUUUUGAGUUCGUGGCCAGUUUCAUCGCUAGAAAUGGAAUUUGGCCGCUGGCGCUACUUUAGAACCCAUCCCGAGUGAUUGGCUGGGGGCAGGAUGUGGGGCUUCCGUGAGCAGGGAUGCCGGAGAUGGCAGGCUAAUUCCCAGGAAUGUGUCGGGUCUAACGCCCCUCCCCAUCCUUCCGCCAGGCCUUUUGGGGCAGAAAGAAAGCAGCGUUGACCCCUGGCCCUCCAUGCUCUUACCCCUGCCCUCCCUGCCACAGGACUGCGGCCUAAGGCCUCUCCCCACCAGGCCAGCCCACACGCCCUAGUGGUUAGGAGCCAGGGCCUGGUGUUCAGCGGGGUCCGGCUCCAAAUCCUGGCCGUGUCGAAUUCUGGGCGACUUUGGAGCAGUGACUCUUUUUGUCCGAAGGUGGUCUCAACGACACUGCGGUAGCCAGUACCCACCACUGCCGAGCGAGGGAAGCAGUGCAAAGCAGGUGGGAGUUUGGGUCGGCCCAGCCCUCGCUAGUACGAAGAGCCAGCGGCCACUCCUGAGGGCCAGGCAUGGAAGCCACUGGAAACUGCUGCUGUGCCUCUCAGACCCAGCGGGCUUAAGCUCCCCUCCCGCCCUGAUGCCAGGACAGGGCUGAGGUUCCAGGUCCCAGGGGCCUCAGGUGGGCCUUCUAGAGACUGGAGUUCCUGCAGGGUGAGCUCCCGACCCUUGAGUCCCAGUUCUUGGCUGUCUCCAGGCCUCUCCCUUUUCCUGUUUUGGUGCUGGCUCAGCCAGGCCCGGAGACAGGGGCAUGAUGUCUUAAUCCUCCAGGUGGCAGCCAUGAUGGAUUCUCCACUGGCUUGGCCACCUGCUGACCCCUCUCUUCCCACACACCUAUCUGCCCCACCCGGCACCCGACGUGGGGACCCCUGAGCCCUGGCACCCUGCCUGAGUGCGGAGGGGCCACCCUGGCGGGCCCACGAUGCCCCCCAACUCUUUCCAGAAAGCAGGUGGGGUGGGGGACCGGGCUGCCCGCCCUGGGCUCGGCUCUGGCUGCCACAACAGUCGUAAAUCAGGGGAAGAGGGGGUGUCGGAAACGGGUCUGCGGAAUGUCUGGAUGGGGCAGGGAGGGGGUGAGUGCUUAACUCUUAGAAGCUCAGGGUGUGGGGCCAAGGGACUGGCUUGCCUGGCCCUGAGGAUGCGGAAGAGCAGCCGGUACGGGACGCGGGGUCUUCCUGCUACUACAGCAGCGGCAACGAAGAGGUUAUUUCCCCAGCCCAGGCUGGGGAAUAAAUUGAGGGUGCGAGGCGUCCCCACCCUCGGGAUCUGCCCGUCACAAUGGCCACAGGAAGAGUCCUACUCUGCUCUCUGCUGCUCCUGUCGCUGCAGCCGGGCCUCGGCAGGGGCCCUGGUGCUCGGGGGGCUCCGGUGGUGGAGGAAGAGCCACGAGGGACCCUAAGGCCGCAGCUGGGUGCCCGCCUGCGCAGAGCCCUGGCCAGCCCGUGUCAACUGUGGAGCCUGCCCCUACCUGUGGCCGAGCUGGGUCUGGGCUACGCUUCCGAGGAGACGGUCAUCUUCCGCUACUGUGCAGGCAGCUGCCCCCGCGGUGCCCGCACCCAGCACGGCCUGACGCUGGCCCGGCUGCGGGGCCAGGGCAGAGCCCACGGCGGGCCCUGCUGCCAGCCCACCCGCUACACCGACGUGGCCUUUCUCGAUGACCGCCACCGCUGGCAGCGGCUGCCCCAGCUCUCGGCGGCUGCCUGCAGCUGCGGCGGCUAAGGACGCCAGGCCUGGGGCCCUGCAGCCGCUUGAGGAGCCCUGCUGACCUAUUUAUCGGAGACUUGGAUGCCGAUGAGAUCAGAGGGGCGGUGGGCUGGGGGCCGCCUGCAAGGAGCAUAAUAAAGGAAACUGCUGCUGCAUGACUGUGUUCGGCCAGGGUGUGCCCUGACCCUGCCACCGAG